AUGGGGCUUCCAUUGGUCGCUGGUAUACCAACGUGGCCAAAUCGCGUCAUUCCCUACGAAAUCGGUCCAGAUUUUGACUCUCUAGACUUGUCCAGGAUAGACAUUGCCAUUCAGGAUUACCAUACAAAAACUUGUAUCACCUGGAAACGCCGUACGACGGAAUCCGACUAUGUUCAAUUUUUCCGAAACGUAUCCGGAUGCGCAUACUCGCAAACGCUCGGGUUCCGUAACGGAAAGAGCCUCAUGGUGUUUGAAAAUUGUCGCGGCAUCAACACUUUCAUCCAUGAAAUGUGCCACGUCGCUGGACUAGGUCACACACAAGGACGUUCUGAUCGGGAUGAUUUCGUCUAUCAGAAAGGAGCAAAUUGCGGUGGCCUGGGAGGCAAGUCAGACUACGCACCUUACCUCCAUCUCUACAACUAUUUAAGCGUGAUGCACUAUGGCUGUGACGAUUGCCUGUCACCCAAGUUAGCUGGUGUCCCAUAUUGCGGCCAAUAUUUUGAGGGAGGUGGACUAAGCGUUUUGGACGCAGAGAACUUAAAUGACUUGUACCAGUGCUCAGCUUCUGAAACGAUCCCAUCGUUUCCGGGUGCCAUCGCAACUAGACCAAUACACAGCAUUUCAGUUUCCCAUGAACCCAUCGAACCCAAGCUCUGA